CACUCCAGCUGAUGGGAUGCGAAAAGAGAGGGAGCGAGCGAUCAAGUAAGGAUGGGGGAUAAAAAGGCGACAGUAAAAUAUGUGUAAGCGCGUGUGGAGGGAGGCUUUAAUCACUUCGCCGGCGAGUGGAGCUCCAGCUUGAAGCUGCCGGUAUCUAACGCAGGAUCGCGGUGGGGGAGCAGAAGCACGGAGGAGCCGCCAGCUUAUUAACUUCGGGGUACUUGGGCACGCGUGCUGACACGGUUUCACAGUCAGGAGUCUGGACUCGUUCCUGCAUUCAGGCAGGUGACCGGCGAGAUGGACAAACCCUUUCAGCAAAAAUACCUCCCCACCCCCCUGGCCAGAUUCCACCCGGCUUUCUCAGCAUCAUUUUAUGGAUUGUGUGUGUGUGUAUUUUUUUUUUCAUAAUGCUGAAUGGGAGCGAGCUUUUGUCCAGUGUCCCCUGAAGUCAAACUAAAUGAGAUAUGGCAGUGCGGGCUAACUGUGCGCGCAGUGUUGCAAGAAAAUCCAAUGAGGAGGAAGUGAAGGGCCAAACUCUAUUAGUCUAAAGCAUAUCACUCCUAGACAUGUAUGGGGGGGGAGAAUGGUCAAAGAACUGUCAAGGUGAGCUUAGCGGGAGAUGGGGGGAGCUAGAAGGGUAAAUACUUGUCGAUCCAUCUCAGAGCAUUUCUGGAAAUCACCAGGAAACAGAUCGCCAAGGAUGUACUUUGCGUUUCUUAAGCGACUGUGACGUUUUAUUUAUCGCAUUGAUAUGCUCCAUCAGUUUGUAGCUGCCUACUCUAAUCUGGAGCAUCAGCAAUUAGCAGCGUCGCACAGACUCGAGCGUCACUGACCUUCAACAAUGCGCUGACGACGUACCGAUGUUCCGUCUGCUUCUGCGUCUCCUUGAGGAAAAAGCCAGGUGUGUUCCAUGAUGAGGAACCUCGUGCAGAUGUAAUAGCAUCCCUGCCUCCUCCAAGAAUGGCAGAGUACCCCGGCCAGAUGCCCCCGCCUGGGGGGAAUGAGACCCUGGCUUUCCUACCGCCCAAUUGCUCCGGGUGCUCUCACAGCCUGGGGCCGGAGCUCAAUGUGGCCAAGGCGGUUCUGCUGGGCCUGGUGCUGGUGGUCUUCGUGGUGUUCGGGGUCCUGGGGAAUACGCUGGUGAUCCUGUCAGUGGCCUGCCACCGCCACCUACGCACGGUCACGCACUAUUUCAUCGCCAACCUGGCGGUGGCCGACCUGCUGCUGAGCGCGGCCGUGCUGCCCUUCUCGGCCACGUUCGAGGUGCUGGGUCGCUGGGUGUUCGGGCGCCCGCUGUGUAGCGUCUGGGCUGCGGUCGACGUGCUCUGCUGCACCGCCUCCAUCAUGAGCCUGUGCGUCAUCUCCGUGGACCGCUACAUCGGCGUCAGCUACCCGCUGCGCUACCCCUCGAUCGUGACGCGCCGGCGUGGCCUCUUGGCGCUGGCCGUGCUCUGGGCCCUGUCCAUCACCAUCUCCGUGGGGCCGCUCCUGGGCUGGAGGGAGCCGGCGCCGCCAGACGAGUCCGUGUGCCGGAUCACGCAGGAGCCGGCCUACGCCGUCUUCUCAGCCAUAGGCUCCUUCUACCUGCCGCUGGCCAUCACGCUGGCCAUGUACUGCCGCGUCUACGUGGUGGCUCGCCGAGAGACACGCGGCCUCAGGGACGGACACAAGGCCGCCGGCUCUGACCCCGAUGGCGUGACGCUCCGCAUGCACCGUGGCAACGCCGCCGCGUGUGCCAACGAUGACGAGGCUAUGCGCAGCCGCACGCACUUCACCCUGCGCCUCCUCAAGUUCUCCCGCGAGAAGAAGGCCGCCAAGACGCUGGGCAUCGUGGUGGGCUGCUUUGUCCUCUGUUGGCUGCCCUUCUUCCUGGUGCUGCCCAUCGGUUCCAUUUUCCCAGCCCACAGACCCUCAGAAACUGUGUUCAAGGUGACCUUCUGGCUGGGCUACUUCAACAGCUGCAUCAAUCCCAUCAUCUACCCCUGCUCCAGUAAGGAGUUCAAGAGGGCCUUCCAGAACGUUCUGGGCCUUCAGUGCCUGACCCGUCGGGGCACUCCGAGCCAGUGUCCAGGCCACAGUCGUGCUCUGAAGCCCAGUCCCACUCCGAGCCAGUGUCCAGGCCACGGUCGUGCUCUGAAGCCCAGUCCCACUCCGAGCCAGUGUCCAGGCCACGGUCGUGCUCUGAAGCCCAGUCCCACUCCGAGCCCCGCUCAGGACCCCGGUACCCGGACAGCGGCACAGAUGGCCCGGGCCCGCAGCAAACGUCUUCUGAUGGCCUGCAGCUGUGUCCGGGGACCCCCCCACCCACAGGUCCCAGCCCAUAGUGUCACUACACCUCCCAUGUCCCAGCCUCCUACCACCAAGGUUCACCAGCUCUCCCUUGGCUGGACUGGUGAACCAGUGUAGGCAAGACGGAGUUCGAGAAACAUGUUUCUGAUCCUCGGUCCUUUAACAUUGGAGAUAUAAUGAAGCAGGUUACACCCAUGCCAGAGUACUUCUGAGCAAUGUGGGCUUCAACGUGACCCGAUGCAUGAAAAUAAAAGGCUGUGGCUUUGCAAAUCCUAGGAUGGGCUUUCUGUUGGACCAUCAAGAGGGUACUUAAUCUCACUCGCCUCAGGAUAAUUUCCUUCUCUAUCAGCUAGUAUAGGUAGAGGGUGUCAGCUAAAUGGCAAUGUGAACAUGAUAGCCAAGCAUUCUGGUCACAUAGACAAGAAUUGAGAGAACACCACAUUCAAACAAAACUGCUACGUGGCCCGUGAUUGGCUGAAGGGAACAUUUCUUUGUUUGGCUUCUGCUUCAUGGCCCGUGAUUGGCUGAAGGGGACAUUUCUUUGUUUGGCUUCUGCUACAUGGCCCUUGAUUGGUUGAAGGGGACAUUUCUUUGUGUGGCUUUUAUUUGAUUUUUUUCAGCAACAUUCAUAUAAAGUGUGUUACCUGUACUUGUUUACUAUACAAAUAACCAGCCUUGUAUCCUAGAUCUACGCACAGCUAAACACAAUUAAGACUUUUUCUUAAUGUUUCUCACGUAAAUUAUGUUUUUUUUACACAUAUAUUUGAAUUAAUUUAAAGGUUUGCGGUUUAAUUAAUUUUGCAUUGUUCUUAAUGCGUGUAUGCAUUGCGCAAUUUCGUAUGACUGUAUUUUUAUUACGUUUUUUUCACUCGUUUUUUGUGUUAGCGCUUUUGCUUGUCGUCAGUGUGGCGGCCUGUGGGAAGCAGUGCUUGCCAUCCAGGAAGCCCCCUGCCUCCCGCCCCAUGCCGCUCGCUUCCUGGGACAGCAUCCCGGCUCGCCGUGCCCCCGCCCCCAGAAACCACUGCAGAAGGAUGAAAUGAAAGUAGAUGGACGGCUUGGC